GAAAGUUAUUUCUCCCUCACAGGCCGCUUACUCGACCUCCAACUUGAGGAUAUCUAGCGCAGGGCCUUUUGUCUGCCUCUCGGCCUCUUACUUCUGACUGUCGGUUGGGCCAAUUUGCCUAUCAAAGAUGCCUCUCAACCAUGCUAUCAUCAUUGGCGGCGGCAUUGCUGGCGCCGCAUCGGCCCUUGCACUCACAAAAUGCAACGAUAUGACAUGCUCUGUCUUCGAAAUUAGAUCAGAACCCGCAACAAUCGGCGGCGCAAUCAACCUGACGCCGAAUGCUUUACGAUACCUUGAGUAUCUUGGGGUUCUUUCAAGACUCAAGCCAAAGGGAUGCGAAGUCAGGUUCAUCGAUAUCAUCUCUCACCGGACAGGCCAAAGCCUUGGAAAGCUGAAUUUUGAUAACCUUCCGAAAUUCAAGCAUCGCGCUAUCCGAGUUGUCCGAAACGACCUCCUACAAUGCAUGUUGGAAACACUCAGAGAAGCUGGAGUGGAAGUCCAGUACGGAAUGAGAAUCGAUUCGGUCGAGGAAAGAGAGCAAAAAAUCGCCGCUACAUUCGAAAAUGGUACCCGUAUUGAAGGCGACAUCUUGCUUGGGUGUGACGGUGUCCACUCAGCUAUUAGGAGAAAGUUCAUCCAACCUGAUCGAAUUGCCGAGUACACCGGUGUCGCCACUGCAUACGGCCUUUUGGACGCGACACGGCUGGACAAUCCCGUUCGGAUUGAAUCUUCGUCUCUUUUCUCGGGCCAGCACGGCUCCGCGAUCCUAUCAUACACGAACCUUGAGAAGUCACGAUUAUUCUUCGCUGCAGCCAUGGCGGCUGAGGACCUUGGCAGUAAAGAAGGCUGGGUUCUCAGAGGCCAUGACCAAGAGGUUCUCAAGGAAGACCUUUUACGGCGAUUCUCAAGCCCCGCUGUGCCGUUCCUUGCUGAGAUCAUAGGUAUAACAGAGCACCUCACUCUUUACCCCGUUCACAGGCUUUCGCCGAAUGGAGUCUGGAGCUCGGGGCGGGUGUUGUUGCUUGGAGACGCUGCGCAUGCCAUGCCACCCCAGGGAGAGAGUGCUGGUUUUGCUCUUGAGGAUGCCAUUCUGCUAUCACGUAUUCUCGAACAUCACCAGAGCAAGUCAAUUGCAGAGUUAUUCGAUCGAUACGAACAGCUUCGACGACCGCGAAUCAACGCAGCUGUCAAAGAAGCGAACUUAAGAUUUGAAACCAUUAGGGACCGCGGUUGGCUCACCACAAUCAUCGUAGAGUGGAUGACGUGGGCUUUUCUCAGUUGGACGGCAUCACGAAAGGAGCAGGAGUUUGCGUAUGAUGUUCGAGACCUCGACUUGAAGUUUUGA